AUGUCCUCCAAGGAUCUAGCCCAUCGACAUAAGAUGGCAUGGCUUGUUGAUCGGGCAAGCUUGUGCUGGCCGAUGAUGGCGAGAGUGUGUUCAUUUCGGCGGGCUUUCUUCACACUGAUCGCUUGUGUUCUAGCGUGGUCAAGUUGGACGCAGUUGCAGUGGCAAGUUGAGUCAGACCAAGAUGGCUGGCGAGUUUUUCCCUCAGAGUUCAAUGGCUGCACGAAGAUCUUCCUGGAUGUCGGUGCGAACCGGGCAACUCAUAUCCGAAAGCUUUUUGAGCCGGAGAAGUACAAUGAGUCGAGAUAUCUUCCGAUAUUUGACGAAGCUUUCGGGUCAGCUUCGUUUCGGUCCAUGCCGUCAGCGGCAACAGGACUGUGCGCAUUUGGCUUUGAACCGAAUCCAAGGUGGGGGCAGCGCCUUCAUGAGAUCGAGCAUGCCUACAAUGCGAAAGGCUGGCGCGUGCAGCUUGGCAAAACUUGGCAAGUGUUUGUGUUGGAGUUGCUGUAG